AUGGCGCUGCUGGCUCCCUUUUCGUGCGCCGAGCUCGCGUUUCUCGUCGAUGUUCUCUCGGACGCCUCCGAGCUGCCUACUCCCGUGCUCUGGCAGCGCGGGUAUUGUGUGCUCCACGGCAACCGGCGCCGCUGCAACAUGGCGGGCUGCGACCGCGGACCCCAAACGGGUGGCUACUGCAUUCGCCACGGCGGAGGUCGACGGUGCCAACACGGUGACUGCAACAGGGCAGCUCAGACGAUGGGCCUCUGUAAAGCGCAUGGCGGCGGUACCCGAUGCGCCUUUGUCGGCUGCACCAAGAGCUCCCAGAGCGGCGGCUACUGCCGGCGGCAUGGCGGCGGCAAACAGUGCGCCGUACAAGGGUGUACACGCGGUGUCCAGAAGCGCCAACACUGCUUUCUCCACCGCAACUGCGUGGUCGAGAGCUCGGGUUCCACCCGUUCCAAGCAGAGAAACACAAAGUGUGCGCUAACGUGA